GCCAAUUUGACACUGGUCCAGUCAGACUGGAGGCAGUGGCAGGUUGAUUACUGGGAACCACCGGCUAGGACAGACAAUGAUGAGGCGGUGAAGUACUGCUAAUGAAAGAGUAAUUUGCGUGUAUCUUGUUAGACUAAUUAAUAUUUCACGACUUCUUGUGCAACAAUGACGACGACCACGACAUUUCAAGGGAUGGAGCCCGGUGCUAAAAGCAGUUCCAGGGUUUUGCGCCCUCCUGGUGGUGGCUCCAACAUUUCACUUGGUGCAGAUGAGGAGAAACCUCCUGUCCGGAAAAACAAGAUGGCCUCCAGUGUUUUCGCUGAGCCAGAGGACCCCUAUGCUAAUCGAAGGAACAACCCACCAGGUGGGAAGCCCACAGGUGUACUGUGUGGAGAGCCGUCAGCCCCCCUGAGGCGAGGAGGGAACCACACCACCAAUCACUCAGCAGAUGCCCCCGCUACAGAAGGAGAAAAUCUUGUACGCGAUCAUGAAAACUGUGUGGCUGAGCCUGAAGCUGUUCCAGAGCAGCCGGAAGAGGCCCCCCCAGCUGAGGAGCCAGCUGCAGGAGCACCAUCUGGCCGCAGGAAUCCCCCCGGGGGCAAGUCCAGCCUCAUCCUGGGUUGAAUCCAAGCCAACUUCCCCUCUUUACCUCCACUCGUCUCUGAACUCAUCUUUUUUUUUUCCCCCAAAUAAGGAUCCCCAGUCCAUUUGUCUGUACCACAGGAAUCCUGAUGUCCAACAGGCACCAGUCUCCUCCACAUCCCCAAGUGCAUUGUUUUGAUACCUCUUUUUUGGAAACCGUUUUGUACUGUUUUUAUUGUUUGUUUAUUUUGACAGAAGCACUUUAUGUAUUUCUAUGUAUGUGGUUCAAAGUCUGCCUUUGUCCCUGUAAUGCAUUAGACCUGUCAGAAAAGGGUACAAGGAUCACAUUUCUCAUAUCUACCAAUGGAAAACCCCUGUAACUUUAUUACAACAGCACGAGCUGUAGGUGAUUAUACAAGCAGUUUGUAGAACACAAGCAAAGAAAAAAGCUGUCACUUUUGCACUGUGUUCAGUUUUGACCCAUCGUGCAUGCACAUCUGGUCUGUAAUGUAUGAAUGUGAGAAGAAACAUAACUGUGAAGAUUUUUUUUUUGUUUAAAUAAUUCAACCUGUUUGUUAUUUGUUUUUUUUUUGUGGAAUAAUUGUUGUAUUGUUGUUGCAUGAAGUUGGAAUCUUUCUACUGAUUAUAGCGUUAUUAUCCACAUAGGAGCCAAAUAGGAGCCACAUAAAUUACUGUAAUUGUGAUCUGAAGGAUGCAAACAUUUGUCUUUGGAUAAGUACUGUAGGCCCCAUGUCAGGUAACAGAAUUGGAAUAAGCCUUUUUUUAUAUUGUAGUCACUAACCUUAGAGUAUUGUAAUCCCAGUGCCGGUUUUGAGUGCCCCAUGUUUUUAUAGGUAAAAUUUACUCUAAAAUAAAGUGUGCCUGUUUGUGUGUUAGGCUACAACAUCAAACAAGGUUGGGUUUCUAGUUACUGCAUCCUACCAGUAUCACCAAGGUCUAGUUUUUUUUCCAUUGCAACUUAAUGGAAUGUUGUUGGUCCUGACACUUCAGUGUUUCUGGUAAACCCAUCCUAGAUUUGACAAGUGACCUUAUGACAGCUCAGCCUUUUUUUCUCCUGUUUUAUCCCCUUAUACAUUUGUUAAUGACCCUGCUCACUGGAAAUAUACAACAGUCUUUUUGUAGAUCUCACGUCACAUUAUUCAAACCAAAAUUCAAACUCCCUCCUGCUUCUGUCUUUUUGAGUCACAUGUAUGACUGCUGGGUCAACCAACUGUCGUGCAAGAAAUAACCUGAAUUUCAGGUUCAUGAAAUGUCUUUCCUGUGGUGUCUAUUUUUAAUGUGUGUUAUGAUGCAAGACAUGUCUGUCUGCAUCCUAUACCAAUUCCUGUUGCUUGAUGUAAGUCACUGCAGAAAUUUGAAUUCGAGAAAUGGCACAAGUGGAAGUGAACAUUAAAAAUCAAUCUUGACCAUG